GUUUUCAGAGACAGGGGAAGGUGCUUGGAGGACCUUCCCUGACCUAGGAGCUCAGGGCAGGCCUGACUGUGGUGGAAAGUGUUGGCCCUUCCUGCGUUUCCUCCUCAGCUUCGGACUAUUGGGAGAAAAGGGAAGGCUGUGGAGGGGAGCCUGGGGCCUUACUGCAGACCUCUUUCAGGGAUAUGGGAAGAUGACAGUGUCGUUCUCGGAAGCAGGUGUAGCCCUGGGUUGGGACAGGUUUGCAGCCUGAUUUUGCCUUCUGUUAGGGACUGGGGGCCCUCCAGGUGUUCUACACCUCUCCUCUCCCUUUCUGCCAACUUCACCCUCUGCUCUCCAUUACACGUAUACUAUGGGAGCAUGGGAUUGCUGGUAACUGUGUAAGAAGAGAAUCCAGGUACUGUGGUCCAGAGUAGCUCCCUUUAGCCUGUGGACCCUGGGGCAGAGGUCAAGAGGGCAACUAUGCCCAUCACGCACCCUCUGGGGCCCUCCUCCUCCUUAUUCCCUCCACCUUCCAGCAUGGGAACAUCUACUUCUCUUUUCCCACGCCUCCUCUUAACCUGAAGGGCACCUGUUCCUGCUGUCACUCUGAGGCUCAGUUGAGAGCAGAGAGGGAUGAACUAGGGUGGAAAAAGGGAAGGAGAGAUAUAGGGUCUGGAGUACCGUGGCUGAAGGAGAGAGGCACUGGUGAGAGGACAGGCGAGAGCUUAAGAAGGCUGGAAGGGUGGUGCUCACAGUUGGCUCUGGAAGUGGAGGGCAGGUGCCCAGAAGUGGCUUGGAAUAAACACCAGGUUCUGGGGCUGGCUCUGAUGUGUCCUCAUGUAAUUUCUCCUAAUAAUGUUAGUGCUAUCAUAUGUGUACGUGGUACUGUUUUGCGUCCUUUACACGUGCGAACUUAUUUUAAGCCCUACCAUAGCCCUGUGGUUGUUAAUUUCAGAGAUGUCAAUUACAGAUUGUCAUUUUCACAGUUGAAGAACAGGAGGCAAGAGAGGUUCUGUAACUUGACCAAGAUGACAAGUGACAGAGCCAGGAUUUGAAUGCAGCCUUCCACCAUGGACAGAAGCCAGCCCUGGUCCCUCUCUGGUGUCCCAGCUCCUUCUGCCAGGUCCUGGAGGCCGGAGGGAUGGUUGACUGUUGUCCGAGGUCUCUUGGUUCAUCCAGACUGGGCUCCCUGAGGCUGCCAGGAAGAGCCCCUGACCAACCCCAGGAUUCUCGCCUGGUGCAGUUGUCCAGGAUUUCUGAGAGUCUAAGCAGAUCGUGAGGAGAUAGCUGAGAUGCCCUGUAUCCAAGCCCAAUAUGGGACACCAGCACCGAGCCCAGGACCCCGCGACCACCUGGCAAGCGACCCCCUGACCCCUGAGCUCAGCAAGCCCACCAUGGACCUGGCCAGCCCUGAGGCAGCCCCCACGGCCCCCACCGCCCUGCCCAGCUUCAGCACCUUCAUGGAUGGCUACACAGGGGAGUUUGACACCUUCCUCUACCAGCUGCCAGGAACAGCCCAGCCGUGCUCCUCGGCCUCCUCUUCGGCCUCCUCCACAUCCUCAUCCUCGGCCACCUCCCCCGCCUCUGCCUCCUUCAAGUUUGAGGACUUCCAGGUGUACGGAUGCUACCCUGGCCCCCUGAGCGCCCCCCUGGAUGAGACCCUGUCCUCCAGCGGCUCCGACUACUAUGGCAGCCCCUGCUCAGCGCCAUCACCAUCCACGCCCAGCUUCCAGCCAUCCCAGCUCUCUCCCUGGGAUGGCUCAUUCGGCCCCUUCUCACCCAGCCAGACGUACGAAGGCCUGCGGGCAUGGACAGAGCAACUGCCCAAGGCUUCCGGGCACACCCAGCCGCCAGCCUUCUUUUCCUUCAGCCCCCCUACUGGCCCCAGCCCCAGCCUUGCCCAAAGCCCCUUGAAGCUGUUCCCUUCACAGGCCACCUGCCAGCUAGGGGAGAGAGAGAGUUAUUCCAUAUCAACGGCUUUCCCAGGCCUGGCGCCCACUUCUCCACACCUGGACGGCCCAGGGAUGCUGGACACACCCGUGCCGUCAGCCAAGGCCCGGAGUGGGACUCCAGGUGGAAGCGAGGGCCGCUGUGCUGUGUGUGGGGACAACGCCUCAUGCCAGCAUUAUGGAGUCCGCACCUGCGAGGGCUGUAAGGGCUUCUUCAAGCGUACAGUGCAGAAAAACGCCAAGUACAUCUGUCUGGCUAACAAGGACUGCCCUGUGGACAAGAGGCGGCGAAACCGCUGCCAGUUCUGCCGCUUCCAGAAGUGCCUGGCCGUUGGCAUGGUGAAGGAAGUUGUCCGGACAGACAGCCUGAAGGGCCGGCGGGGGCGGCUCCCUUCAAAGCCCAAGCAGCCCCCGGAUGCCUCCCCUGCCAACCUCCUCACCUCCCUGGUCAGGGCACACCUGGACUCUGGGCCCAGCACUGCCAAACUGGACUACUCCAAGUUCCAGGAGCUGGUGCUGCCCCACUUCGGGAAGGAGGAUGCUGGGGACGUGCAGCAGUUCUACGACCUGCUCUCGGGUUCCCUAGAGGUGAUCCGCAAGUGGGCCGAGAAGAUCCCAGGCUUCGCGGAGCUGUCCCCCAGUGACCAGGACCUGCUGCUGGAGUCGGCCUUCCUGGAGCUCUUCAUCCUUCGCCUGGCGUACCGGUCGAAGCCUGCCGAAGGGAAGCUCGUCUUCUGCUCCGGCCUGGUCCUGCACCGGCUGCAGUGCGCCCGUGGCUUCGGUGAUUGGAUUGACAGCAUCCUGGCCUUCUCUCGGUCCCUGCAUGGCUUGGUCGUCGACGUCCCUGCCUUCGCCUGCCUCUCUGCGCUUGUCCUCAUCACGGACCGGCAUGGGCUGCAGGAGCCUCGGCGGGUGGAGGAGCUACAGAAUCGCAUCGCCAGCUGCCUGAAGGAGCACGUCUCGACCGCAGCAGGAGAGCCCCAGCCGGCCAGCUGCCUGUCGCGCCUGCUGGGCAAACUGCCCGAGCUGCGGACCCUGGGCACCCAGGGCCUGCAGCGCAUCUUCUACCUCAAGCUGGAGGACCUGGUGCCCCCUCCGCCCAUCGUCGACAAGAUCUUUAUGGACACGCUGCCCUUCUGACCCCUGCCCAGGAACACGCGUGCAACGCGUGUGCACGCUCAGACGCCACCCCACGUGCCUUUAACCCACGGCCCAUGGCCCCUUGGAGCACCCCCGCCCCCAAAGCCCGGCCUGGGCUCGAGCUGCAGACUGGCCAGCCUCCCCACUUGGGCUGGGUGGUUUGGCAGGUAGCUCGCACCCCGGGGGAGGGGGAUGCACUCACAGGGGGACCCCUACUAUUUGUCUUAACCGCCCCCAUGCCCGGCCCUGGCCUUCAUGUUUUUGUAAGAUAAACCGUUUUUAACACACACCGCCGUGCUGUAAAUAAGCCAAAUGCUGCUGUAAAUACAGGAAGGAAGAGGCCGAGAUGGGAGUGGGGGCUGGGAGGGAGGGACAGCCCCCACCAGCUGGGCAAGCCUUCCCCCCUCCUUGCACCUGCUCUCUCUUCCCGCCCUCUUUCCACAUGUACAUAACCUUACUCUAGGAGGAAGACAAAUGACAGAUUCUGACAUUUAUAUUUGUGUAUUUUCCUGGAUUUAUAGUAUGUGACUUUUCUGAUUAAUAUAUUUAAUAUAUUGAAUAAAAAAUAGGCCUGUAGCUGAAACCAGGA